AUCCGAACUUCUUAUCCGACGUCGGCGACCGAAAUUCGUUCACAAAUUCUUCGAGUUCGACGCAAAGUCAGAUCGUCCUGUAUUCAUGUUAUAGGGUGUCGAAUAUCAGUUUGGCACAAACUUGUAUUUCUGAUGUAUGCCAAUAAAAAGCCAAUGCGAACCAUUCUUCAGUUCAGACGUCUUUAUUGUACCAACAGCAGCAGCAAGGCUAAAAGCAAAUUCAUUUUGUUUGCUGGAAGGAGAAGAGUUCAAAUUGCGGCUCUGACCACAGUUGCUGUUGGGAGUGGCCUUCUGUACAUUGAAUGGCUAACCUUAGAUAGGGCUGUCCAUUAUAAACCAGAUGCAGUCCUACCAGAGAGAGGCAGUGAGUACAUCUAUGUCAAUGCAGCAGUAGAUCGAGAUGACCUUGUUAAACAAGUCAAGAAUAAAGUACAUUGGAGAAUCAAGGCUUUGGAAUACAUUUUAGAAGAUAAAGAAACAGAGAAUGUGCUGCCAUUUCGUGUGCCAAAGUUUAUCUCAGGAGAGAAGAGCCAUGUGUGGAAGGACCCAAAGUCACUGUUGAAGAAAGCUCAAUCAGGUGACAGACUGGAACGACUUUUAGGAGUCGCUGCCCUCUCAAAGAAACACACGUCUUGGCAUGAUGCGGACUACCGAGCUAUUGCACAAGCAUGUGAUUCGAGGACCCUGAUUGGCUUAGCUAGAUCACCUGACUGUGAUCCAAGAUUCUUCUUGCCCCCUCCUCCUUUGUGUAAAGAGCAAGAUCAAAAGGUUUCUAUAGAGGCAGCUUUUACAAAGCUGUUAGCCUCUCUUCCCAGGAGUAAUGUCGAUAGAUGCACUCAGUACUUCACAAUGGCUGCUAUGCAGCAAAGUAAAAAAGCCUUGGCAGAAGACCAGACUGGUUCUAUUGUAUUUGGAGGCAAUGCACUCUCCUUUGUUGCUACCUUGAGUAAGAUACCGGAGGAAGCCCUGGACCAGGUCUAUCUUUUGGCCCUCAUCAGUCAUUCAGAGGUAAGCAGCCAUUGUGAGGAGAUUGUAAAGCUAGGAGGUCUUCAGCUUCUGAUGAGGGUCUAUCAAGCCAGGGAGAACAGUCCAAAGAUCCUCUCACAUGUCGCUCAAAUCAUUGCUAAUCUUGCCACCAAUCAAUCCGUCCAUGACAAAAUCAUUCAAGCAGGUUGGGUUUCUGUCCUUGCCAAGUGGAUUAAGUCUAAACACCUCCCUCUAUCAGCCCAAGCCAGCAGAGCACUGGCAAACUUAGACAGGGACUGGUCCUCUGAAACGUUUGGUAAUGGAGUCUAUGUCCUACACCCCAAAGGCAGGUCAAGCGAGCCAAUCCUUGCUGAUGUUGUCUUCGUUCAUGGGUUGAGUGGCGGAGCUUUCUACACAUGGAGACAAGGGCAGCCUACCAAUGAUGAUGUGUUACCAGAGCAACCGCAGCAUCCGUCACAACCACCUUCUCCUACCGAGGAUACUGACGGGCAGAAGGAUGUGGAGGAGAAGAAAAAAGAUAAUUUUGUGUGGUGCUGGCCCAAGAGUUGGCUUGCACGAGACUGCCCCCACAUGAGAAUCGUCACCGUCUCCUAUGAUACACAGAUAACUGAUUGGGCUUCAAAAUGUCCCUUUGAAGGAGAAAAGCAUUCAUUAGCACAGCGUAGUGGUGAGAUGCUACGAAAGUUACACGAUGCUGGAGUAGGGCAAAGACCUAUCAUAUGGGUGACCCACUCCAUGGGAGGUCUUUUAGUGAAACAGAUGCUGAUUGAUGCAAGCCAGAGUGAAACCAUGGCGAUGGUGAUGGGAGAGACGAAGGGCGUGGUCUUCUACAGUACCCCUCACCAUGGUUCAUCCCUUGCUGCUUACUCUCAACAAGCCAAGUACCUUCUAUAUCCUUCAACUGAGGUCAAGGAACUAUCACAAGAUUCUCCAGUAUUGAGGAAUCUACAUGGUCGUUUCCGUGCCUUGGUCCAGACGCAUCAGCUUCCAGUGCUAACCUUUGGUGAAUCCCUUCCUACUAAUAUAGGACUGUCAGUCAAGACUUUAGUGGUUCCUCCGCUCUCCUCCAAUCCUGGAUGUGGUGAGUUCCAUGAGAUGCCUAUGGAUCAUCAGAAUAUCUGUAAGCCUCACAGUCGUAACUCACUCCUCUACCAGCUCACCUUGAGGUUCAUCCAACGGAACAUCACCUUGCCCCUGUCUGUCGCCCUCUCUGAGAAACUGGACGAACUCCUGCAGGAUCCUGAAGAAGAGGAAGUCUUUUAUCCUCUUGGGAUGUCAUUUGGAGAGUAGACAUAUGAAGGAUUUCAAAGAUUUUAUCGGUUGCAAUCAGCACUUAUGUUACCACAAAUACUUCUGUCUGUUACCCUCUUGGAGUAACUGGACAAACCUCUUCAGGAUCCUGAAGAAGAGGAAGUCUUCUAUCCUCUUGGAAUGUCAUUCGGAGAGUAGACAUAUGAAGGAUUUCAAAGUUUCUAUCGGUUGCAAUCAGCACUUAUGUUACAACUUACCGGCUUGCCUCUGUCUGUUACCCUCUUGGAGAAACUGGACAAACUCCUGCAGGAUCCUGAAGAAGAGGAGGUCUUCUAUCCUCUUGGAAUGUCAUUCGGAGAGUAGACAUAUGAAGGUUUUCAAAGAUUUUAUCGGUUGCAAUCAGCACUUAUGUUACCACUUAUCGCUUUGCUUCUGUCUGCUACCCUCUUGGAGAAACUGGACAAACUCCUUCAGGAUCCUGAAGAAGAGGAGGUCUUCUGUCCUCUUGGGAUGUCAUUCGGAGAGUAGAAAAUCAAAGAGAAUAAAGUUUCUAUUGGCUAGUGUCAGAAAAGGCUCAUAAUUUACUUGUUCAAAACUGCAAUACUAGGAAGGGAAUUUAUAAUACUGAAAAGAAAUCAGAUGUAUGAUUCCAAGUGAAAAUUCUUGUGAAAGGAUAAAUGUAUCUGUCUUUCAUAGAUUUCGGAGUGGCUAUCUUCAUAACUGAUGACAAUGAACAGUUUGGAAACACAAAUUUUUAGUUGCACUUUUACUCAAAUUGGGAUAUCUACAACUUUGCCACUUUUUCAUUUACCAUUAUAGAGCAAAUAAUUGUUAUGGUAAACACCAGGAAAUAGAUGUAUCGAUCAAGAUUUAAAACUGUGGAAUAUGAUCUUCUCACAGUCUUCCACAGAAUGAAACACAUAAAGGGGAUGCAUCAAUGUUCAUUAUUAUGUCCAUUAAAGUUUAUGCAAGUAGGUCUAAUGCCCCUUUCAGGGACAUUAGGCCUGUACAUCAUUAUAUUUCCACCGCCAAUAAAAUGUUAUGGUUAUGGUUUGGGGGCAGUUCUGCACAAUAAUUCUGAUAUUUGCAUAUGGACUUCAAAUUAACUGACUUUGAAAUAUUGGAAAAUGUUCAAGAUUUAUUUGUAACACUUGUUUUGGCCUACAUUUCAUACCAAUAGUAUUAGAGAAUUAAAGAUUGUGCUAUGCAGUUCAGUUUGUUGUUUUCAAGCAAAUAUUAGUCACAUGUCUGUACAUACAUAUUUGAAUAUACGUCUCAUAUGUGCACAUAUUCUUCGGGGGUGUUGUAGGAAGAGCUGCGUUUAAGUGCAACUUCAAAAGUCAAUUGCAAAUGUUUAAUAUGCACGUUCCAUUGGAUGAAUAUCAAGUUGCAAUUGAUUUUAUGAGUUGUGUUUAAUCGCAACUCUUUCUGUAAAGGGUCCCUGAUCAACAUAUUAUUGACCCAGAACAUUUACAUGUUUUUAUUUUCUUUAAAUAAUAUGUUACUUGACACUAUUCCAGCCUUCAUUUCAUACCAGCAGUAUUAGAGAACAAAACAAAAUGUGCUGUGCAGUUCAGUUUGUUGUUCUCAAGCAAAUAUUAGUCACAUGGCAGUAUGUUCAUAUUUGAGUAUACGUCUCUUGUGUGCAUAAUUUAUACCUGGGGGUUUUGUAUUUCAUGAUAGAUAUUUUGUAUAAUCCACUGAUUACAAGCUGUUUAAACAUGUUUGUAUGCAUAUAUUUUAGCAAAAAUACAGUAAGAGCAGCUGCAUUUCUAGAUUCAAUUCAAAUCAAUUCAAUUCUUUAUUCCAUUUCAAUUCAAAACAUAAUACAAAGUAAUAUAAAGUAAAUUACUUUAAGUAAUACAAAUCAAAUACAAUUUUACAGACGAGCAUUCAUACAGUAUAAUAAACAGUAUAAUAUUGAGCAUAAAUGGAAAUGAAUAAACUGAAUAAAGUCUAAAGAAUUCAGUCAUUAGAAAGCUGCAAUGAAGAAAUUAAAUCAGAUCAUUUUAUCUUAUUUUGUUCAUGCUGUGUUCAUUUUUUUACCAGGAUGCCUUUAAAAAAAUACAUAUUAUGCAUGUAUUAAAGCUCAUUGUAUGUCAUUGUCAUUGAUAAGUCAUUCUAUGUACAUCAUUCCAAAAUGUAUCUAUUUAUUUAUUUAUACCAUUGCACAAAUAUUUUGUUUAUAUCAAACAUAAACAUUUAUUCAUUAUUACUCUUAUAUUAUUGUAGGACUUAAUCAUACAGAAAUAGAUGGUCACCUGUUAAUCAAUAUUAAUGAUGAACUGCCAUUUCAUUUUGAUAUUACCCCAAAGCACCCUCUCCAUAUGUUUGUAUUUUUCUGUCACCAAAUGUGCCAAGAUUUCAGCCAUUUUGCGUUUCUCUUCAUGGUGCUAAUUGGAACAGGUUUUUUUUUUGUUAAUUGAAUUUCUGCUUCUCACUGCAAGUCUUUAUAACAAGGGGUGCUGUUCUUUCAAUUUUGCAUUUGAUCACGUAAUCCUUUGGGCUCUGAUGUCUUUCUUCUGGUUGAAUAUCAAACAAUGUGAGGCUAUCAUCAAUCAGUUUCUCUUGUCUUUUUGCCAUUACAACAUACUACUGGAGCCGGGCCGUCCCUGUGUAAAGCCAUAGGAUAUAAUAGAAUCCAGGGCACUGUCUUACAAAGAGUUAUGAUUGAUCUAAUCAUUCUCAACUGUAUGGAAAUCCAUCCAUACCAUUACUUUUUCUCCUGGAAAUUUGCACAAAUUCCAUUUUAAACAGAGAAUUGUGCUGAAUCUUCAUGAGAACGAUGAAUUUAUGAAUAUAUAUCAUAUAUAGAAAAUACUUUGAACAAAUUUGCAUGUUAGAUGUUGAUGUUGCUGGCUUUCCAUAGUUGAGGUUGAUUGGAUCAAUGGCAGCUCUUUGUAAGACGGGACCCAGUAGUCAAGAGGUUAAGAUUGAUCUCCUGUGUAUAUGGUUAGAUUGAUGUACAUGUACAUUAUGUGGGGGAAGAAUUACCGGUGUAUACAGAGUAUGCUCACUCUAACUGCAUAAACAUUGGUUUCCCAUUCAUGUUUGUGUUUAAGAAGUACAUUGGUAGCGACUACCAUCUAAAAACCACAUGUAUGUGGGUGAUAUUGAAUUAGCAAGUGGGCGAAAUCAAAAUGGCAAUUGGCUGGAGUUUUCAUUGGGGGAUCUGAGAAUGUUUACCCGGAGUGUAGUAAUGCAAUUUGAAUUGAUGUCCUCUUUGAUGAUUGGCUGCAAUUUGUUUUGAUACAUGUCAGUUGGAAAACAUUUCUCAAUGACAAUUUAUUAUUACUAAUGAUGGAAUGAUUUAUAACUUCAAUCAUAUGUUUUUGACAUGCGUGUGCACCAGCUACACCAUCCCAUACUACAUUGAACUCGCACCAAUUAUUAGCUCCUUAGAAUGGGGGGGGGGGGUAACUUGUCGUUUUAGCCCCCUAGUGACA